AUGCCCUCACCAGACAAGACCAUUGCCGUCAUAAAUGCCAGCGGCAGGCAGGCCGCCUCCUUCAUCCGGGUGGCCUCCGCGGUCGGGUACCAUGUCCGAGCGCAACUGAGGAACCUGGAGGGGGUCGUAGCGACCGAAGUGUCCACAAAUCCAAAUGUGACGGUUCUCCAGGGCGAGCUGUACACCAAGGAGCGCCCGGCAGAGACGGCCAAGGUAGACGUGACGCGGAACGGCCCCAUCUCCGGCAUCGGCAUCAACCACGCCCUCAUCUCAGAGCUCUUCAGGGGCGCCCAGCUGGCCUUCAUCAACACCACUUUUUACGGGGACGAGCAACACAUCGGAGAGGCCUUGGCAGACGCGGCUAAGCGCGCUGGCAUUCAGCAUUACGUUUACUCGUCCAUGCCAGAUCACCACGCCUACAAUAAGGAAUGGCCAUCACUGCCGCUCUGGGCGUCGAAGCACAAGGUCGAGGAGUAUGUUAAAAAGAUCGGGCUCCCCGCGACUUUUGUCUAUACCGGGAUUUACAACAACAACUUCACGUCCCUCCCCUACCCGCUCUUCUGUACCGAUCUGCAAGAAGACGGUUCCUGGAUCUGGCAAGCCCCUUUCCAUCCUGAUGUAAAACUCCCGUGGCUCGACGCCGAGCACGACGUCGGACCCGCCAUUCUCCAGAUUUUUAAAGACGGCGUGAAGAAGUGGGGAGGCGGCAAGCGCGUUGGUCUGGCAUACGAAAUGCUCUCGCCAAAGGAGGCCUGCGAGGUCUUCUCCCGGGGAGUCGGCCGGCCGGUACGGUACGUCCACGGCCCCAUCGAGCUCAAGGUCACCAUCCCCGAGGGCUACCGCGCCCAGCUGGAGGCGCUCGAGGCGCUGUUUGGAAUGGGCCACGACGAUCCCACGAAGCAGCCCCCAUACUUUGGCGACGCCGCCCUCGAGGAGAGCUGCCCGAGAGUGGCGCUGGAGCUGUGGGAGGGCCCACGGGGCCUGGAAGAGUACGCGCGCGAGGUCUUCCCGCUAGAAGAGCAGGCGAAUGGCCUGACAUGGAUGCUGGACGAGGGAGACGGCGGGGGCGGGGGCAACCACGUACACCGGAACGGGAACGGUGUCGCCACCGGCCAUGCUCCUCACUCGCACGAUGUCCACCAUCUGAAUGGCUAUAUCACCACCCUCCAACAGGUGACACUCGAGUCGGAUGGCGAGGAUGAGGACGAUGGCCUGGUCAUGCGGGGCCUGAAGCGAGACGAUGAGGAAUGGCUGGCCUGA